AUUGAAUAUCACGGUGGCUGUAAUGAGUAUCAUGGUGGCUGAGGCCUUAUGGCAGGGAUGGGAACAGAUAUAUAUGUGCUCUCCAGCCCUUGUAAGCGACAACUCUCCUUAAUGUUAAGUCAUAUUGAAUUAGAAUCAAUCUAUUCUCACUUCAUCACAUACCUCUAUAUAAUUUGUGUAUAUAUUACCGUUAUUUGUGUUUCUUGGCGGGAUUUGGUUUGGGGGUGGAAACCCAACCGGCGAUUUGGCGAGGUCUAGCUGCAGGUCUGUCUAUGUACAUCACCUGACCUAGGAUCCAACUUGGGUGUGGGGUCAGGAAUGAAACCAUCGUCAUCAUCAUCGUCUGAGUCUCAGACGUUAUUGUGGAAGGCGAUGGAUGUUUCUCCUAUUGGGUGGCCGGUAUGGCCAGCUAUCUACGGAGUAGGAUGUAACCUACGGUCGCACGGGCCACAACGGUUAGGCGGGCCAUCCCGAUUAAGUGAUUCCUUUUCGAGGAAAAAGAAAAGGUGG